GAAAUUGGGAUCUCAUGUUCGUAGUGAAAUUGAAAUCUGAAGACGGAGAUGGCUUCGUCCACAUCUAAAACCCUAAUUGACUUUAUUCAUCCCGCAAAACGCCUCAAAGCUUCCUCCUUUCCCGCCGUUUCCGCCGCCAGUUGUUCCCGCGGUUUGUGUUCUGCCUCAAAAUCGCCGCCUCGCGUAGUAACCGUUACCAAUUCCGUCGCCGACGACUCGUCCCGCUCCGAUUUCAACAAAUCCGUAGCCACGUCCAAACGCAACCUCGCCGUCUGCUCCGAGAAGGUCGCAAAAGCUAAAGCUGAAGGAAGCUGCUGCCACGUGCGUUUGAAUGAGCUGUUAGUCGAAGAGUCAUGGCUUAAAGCUCUCCCUGGAGAAUUGCAAAAACCCUACUUCAAGACCCUUUCCGACUUCCUUGAACGUGAGAGUAAAGGCCCUUUGAUAUAUCCGCCGCAGCAUUUGGUUUUCAAUGCUCUUAAUACAACACCUUUCGACCGAGUCAAGGCUGUCAUCAUCGGACAGGAUCCGUACCAUGGACCUGGUCAAGCUAUGGGUUUGUCUUUCUCUGUGCCUGAAGGAGAGAAGCUUCCUUCUAGUCUGUUGAACAUAUUCAAGGAGCUUCAGAAAGAUGUUGGCUGUUCAAUCCCGCGUCAUGGGGAUCUACAGAAAUGGGCUGUGCAGGGUGUUUUGCUGUUGAAUGCUGUUCUUACAGUAAGGAGUAAGCAGCCGAACUCACAUGCAAAGAAAGGAUGGGAACAGUUCACUGAUGCUGUCAUUCAAAGCAUUUCGCAGCAGAAGGAAGGUGUUGUCUUUCUCCUCUGGGGAAGAUAUGCUCAAGAGAAAUCCAAGUUGAUAGAUGGGAAUAAACAUCAUAUACUCACAGCAGCUCAUCCAUCUGGUUUGUCUGCGCAUAGAGGCUUCUUCAACUGCAGACAUUUCUCUCAAGCAAACCAGCUACUCGAACAGAGGGGGAUUCCUCCCAUAGAAUGGCAACUUUAAUCUCUUAAACCGCCGUGUUGAGAGUUGAGACCAAGACGAAGCAUGAGUGUUCUUGGGAAGCCAACCAUUUUUUGCAGUCCCUUCUGGUGAACAGAGCUUGAAGCUUUAAUCGUUAUAAUGCUCCUCCUAUUUUAUCACAGAAUCCUAGACGCCUAGGAUAGGCUGUUAAAGGUGUAUCCGAGUAUGUCCAAGUAGCAGUGGGGAGACUGUUUCAUUUUGUACUCUUAUGAAGAAUGGUGUGUAUUAUAUUAGGGGUGCGUGCUACUUGUAGAAUUUUCCUUGUUGCUACAAUGUAUGCACAACUUUAAAAAGUAUGGAUGGUUAGAUUUAUUAAAA